GUACGCCCAACAUGUGGUAGUAGUACCUCUUCAGCUUCUGGAGAUCAACACAAAGCUCCUGGCGAACCUCUCUCUCUCUGUCUCUCUCUCUCUCUCUAAUACAGUGAUUAUAACCACUUCUCAAGUCACUAUCUUUUUACUUCUCCCCAACUCCACUCUCUUCUAAAUUCAAUCAAAUUGGUAAGCCUCUUUUCAUUCAUUUAUCCUUUCAUUCAAGAUUUAUACUGUAUGUAUAAUUGAAACCCUCAUGAUCUAGCAUGUGGGUUUUGCUCUCUAACCCUCAACAGUUGCAGAUAGUAAGUAAUUUACAAAAAUUUUGAGUGGGUUUGCUCUGUAUUUGUUCUUCCAUGGCUUUUUCAAUGCUCAAUGGAGCUGAAAAUCUCAAACUUGUUGGAGGCAUAGCUCCAACUGGGUUAGGUUUUCUUGGGUCUGAUUUUCGUGGGAGGUUCUUUCCUAAUAAGGUCCUAGUGCCCCAAAUUAGGAAUUCAAGUGUCAAGAGUUUAGCACCCAAAUGCAGUCUCUCUGCCUCAAGGCCUGCUUCUCAGCCUAGGUUCAUACAACAUAAGAAAGAAGCAUUCUGGUUCUAUAGGUUUCUAUCCAUAGUGUAUGAUCAUGUCAUAAACCCUGGGCAUUGGACUGAGGAUAUGCGCGAUGAGGCACUUGAGCCAGCCGAUCUCUAUGAUCGAAACAUGAGAGUGGUUGAUGUUGGUGGGGGCACUGGUUUCACCACUCUUGGUAUAGUCAAACAUGUUGAUGCUAAAAAUGUGACAAUUCUUGACCAGUCACCUCACCAGCUUGCCAAGGCAACGCAGAAGGAGGCUUUGAAAGAAUGCAAGAUAAUUGAGGGUGACGCGGAGGAUCUUCCGUUUCCAACUGAUUACGCUGAUCGAUAUAUCUCUGCUGGAAGUAUUGAGUACUGGCCAGAUCCACAGCGUGGCAUCAAGGAAGCAUACAGGGUACUGAAAAUAGGAGGAAAAGCGUGCAUAAUUGGUCCUGUGUACCCAACCUUCUGGUUGUCUCGGUUUUUUGCUGAUAUGUGGAUGCUUUUCCCAAAGGAGGAUGAGUAUAUUGAGUGGUUUCAAAAGGCUGGUUUCAAAGAUGUUGAACUGAAAAGGAUUGGUCCGAAAUGGUACCGUGGUGUUCGCAGGCAUGGCUUGAUUAUGGGAUGCUCUAUCACAGGCGUGAAGCCUUUCUCAGGGGACUCUCCCCUACAGCUUGGUCCGAAGGCAGAGGACGUGGAGAAGCCUGUAAAUCCAUUUGUAUUCUUCUUGCGGUUCCUUCUUGGUGCUAUGGCAGCGACCUACUUUGUGCUGGUACCAAUUUACAUGUGGCUCAAGGAUCAAAUUGUUCCAAAGGGCAUGCCUAUCUGAGAACAAUAAAAUCGGAGAUGACAUAUGUUCCACUCUUCCAUGCUCUUUUUACAACACUCUGAUCAUCUCACUUGUUAGCGUGCAUCUCCGUCAGACAAUCCAGCAUUUCGACAUUUCUCAAGUGAGCACUCUUAUUUCAUGCAGGUCAACAAACAUGAUAAAGAUUCCUGUAAUAAAUGACAUCGCCUCAUCUUGCCUAGUGUGUGUAGUAUCGGGAAAGUUGUUGGAUUGUUAUAUUGUGCAGCAUUUUCUAAAUGUGUUAACUUUUUUUAGUAAUCUUUUCAUGACUUGUUCUAAUGAGUUCUUACUGGAAUCACACAUCUAUUCAAACAGAUUGAUGAUGCACAUGAAAAAAAUGCCUGUAAGCACUGGAAUUGACUCUGCCUUCAAUUAGUUUUCUCAGGGUUGUUCAAAAUUGUAAUGUGUGACAUUGAUAAUAUUAAAUGUUUUUCAUAAACAUUUUCCAUUCAAA